CUCUUCCAUUGCCCAGUAAUUCGGAGCAAAGAUUCAGUAGCCAUCACCAACUACCAAAACCCAUCCCUCCCAAUUCAACCUCCAACACCGCCAAAAUGACUGCUGCGUGGAGAGCCGCUGGUCUUACCUACAACCGCUACCUGGCCAUCGCCGCCCGCGUUGUCCGCCGAAGCUUGAAGGAGGACAAGAGAAUCGCUGCUGAGCGCCGAGGCGAGAUGGAUUUGCGAUUCUCCAAGUGGCAGAACGGUAAGCAGGGUGAGCCCAAGAACCUCGCCACUGCCAACGCCGCCAUUGCCGCCGAGAACGCUGCUUAAGCAGAUGGAUUUGGAGAUGAUUGCGCGUGGGAUAAUAGAAGCGUGGCGCUCGAAGGGGUUACUCGGUUCAGAUGAGAUGGACUUAUUCCUCAGCCGAAUGCACACACCUGGAGCCACUGUACCAUAGCGAUUGUUGCGAUGUAUCAAUCAAAUUCAAGACUACGAAUGCAAUUGGAAGCGAGAACGGAUUUUCUGGUGAAUCAAUGUGUUG